ACUGGACACUGUUAUCGUGUACAACCAAGACAAAACUGCAUUGAAAGGCACCCCCUUGGGCUGCUUCCGCCUGCUGGUGUGCGGCAGAACUUGGCAAGAUGGGAGACUCAAAGGGACCCGCUUUCUCAUCGGCGCUCAUGGCAGGUGCAUGCUCUGGCCUGUCUGUCGAUCUGCUUUUCUACCCGAUCGACACCAUCAAGACGCGUCUGCAAGCGUCGCAAGGCUUCCUCGCAGCUGGUGGCUUUUCCGGUAUCUACAAAGGACUUGGUAGCGUAGCAGUCGGCAGCGCACCCGGCGCAGCGACCUUCUUCGUGACAUAUGAGACACUCAAGCCUGUUCUUCGUGACAUGUUCCCAUCCGUCUUUCGGGUGCCUUCAGCAAUAUCUGGCAACGAUGGGAGCAUCAUGGGCCGAUGGGCAGCACCUAUUUUGCAUAUGGCUUCGGCAAGCAUGGCUGAGACAGCAGCUUGCCUGAUAAGGGUACCGACGGAAGUGAUCAAAUCGCGUCAGCAGACACUUUCGUACGGGUCGACCGUAUCUACUUGGGAGGCUUUCCGAACCGUCGGGCGCGAAUCAGGACUGAGAGGAUAUUAUCGCGGCUUUGCAAGCACAGUUGGCCGCGAGAUCCCUUUCACCUGCAUUCAAUUUCCACUCUACGAGAGCUUCAAACUACACUUUACCAACCGUCGGCGAGGACGGCGGCGAUACGAACAGAAUCCUAUGCAAAAUCAAGAUUCACGUGGAGACCUGACAGGCUUCGAGGUUGCCCUUUCUGGAAGCGCGGCUGGAGCAAUUGCGGCAGCACUGACAACGCCGCUUGACGUCGCCAAGACAAGGAUCAUGUUGCACAAGCAGGAUACUACUUCAGCAACGUCCCAUCCGCUUGCAGAUGUGAACAAAAAGAUCGUUCCUACACUAAAGCACAUCAUGAAAAUUGAAGGUCCAGGCGCAUUGUUCAGAGGUAUCGUCCCACGGACGCUCUGGAUCGGCCUGGGUGGCGCUGUGUUCUUGGGCACGUUCGAGCUUGGCCUUUCCGUAUUAGAGCCUCCGUCUGAUCGGCCCGACCAUCUAUGAGGCAUGGCAGGGCAGGGCAAUCCUCGCGACGCUUUCGAUUGAGUAAUAGACAUGCAUGUAUAGUAGAUCAAACUUGCUAGUUUCCAUCCAUAAAAAGCUCACGAAAUAAAGCCGAUGCUGGGAGGGUGUGUGUACAUUGAAGGAUACCAGGUACUGAUUGGUAACCAAAAU